AUGAAGCCCGAGACAGACAACGAAGACCACCAGCCCUUUUUGGGUUUUCGCGAUGACCCGAACAAGAGGAAUUCGGCGGACGACGAGGAGGAGCAGGGCGUCGCGGGCGGCAAUGCGAUGCUGCACCAACAGCAUGCGCUGAAGACGUCGAGGACGCGGAGGUGGUUGAGGGACUUUCUCGUGUUUCUGGCGACUUCUCUGGUCUGGGUGCUGGCGUUUUCGUUCAUACCCGGACCUCAACAGCAGGCUCCGUCGACACCGUCACCGGGCACAGCGGCGAUGAUGCCGACGCCGCCAUCGAUGUCGGGGUUGCCGCUACCGCUGCCGCAAGUUGGACAGGACGGCAAAGCGGGGACGAUUCCGGACCCGAAGUACCUCGCGGCAACACACAACAUGACAUCCGAGGCGAAGCUGGUGAUGUGCGGAAACUCGACGGCGGAGGCGAAGAAGGCGGGGUGCAAGUACGACACGUUGCUGAACCACUGGGUCCCAGAGCAGUGUUACGAUAAGGAGUUUGAGACGGAGUACAUGGAUGACGAUACCUGGCACGCGUAUUCGGACGUCAACCUGACGAAGCGCCUAACGAGAGAGGAGAUGGGAGAUCAGGAGUCGUACUACACGUCCAUCGCGGAUCACGUCAACCAUUGCUCGAUGCUUUGGAAGAAGCAAUUCUGGACCAUGUUCGAGGAGCGGAGGGUCUUUGACGGUGUCAUCGUGAAUUCGUACCACACGGAGCACUGUGCCGACUUCUUGAAGGACAUUUGGGGUUCGAACAGGACAGAGCCUACGUUUGUUAGGGUUGCGUUUUCGGGAUGCUGGGUCAGGAAGUGA